AUUGAUUAACAAAGAUCAGGCUCCCGAAUGAAUUUUUUGAGAAUAUCUAAGAAGGGCAGCAGGUUCAUUCACACAUUCAUCUUUCCACAUGGGUCCUGCAUUCUCCUUUUGAUAUUUUGAUCAUGCAAUUUGUAUUUCUAAUGCAUUUCUUAAAUAAUAUCUUAACCUAGAUUGCAAUCACUUACUCCAAAUAUUGUCACUGGAUUGAAUUUUUCUCCAAAUCUAAUACCUGGUGACCUUUUCUCUCCCCGUCUGUUCUGCCCUUUAAAUUACAUCAUACAUUGAAUCGUUAUCAAGUUGAACUGUGGGCUACUCAUAACUAGUAGCGACAGGCUGGCAUUUUGUAGCAGAAGAGACAACACAGAAUCAAAUGACCCUGGAGUUACACAACGUAUACUACACAUUAUGGAUAGUAAAUGGACAGGGCUUAACUAAUACAUCCUGGAUGGACUGAUUAAUGUGAGACACUAAAUGUUACCAACACUUUGCAUGUAGCACACACAAAGAACACUCUUCAGACAAGAAAACCUGCAUUGUAUACACAGUGAAAACUGGUGUCACACAUCUGAGUAUCCUGGUUGACCUCCCUGCUUGGAAGACAUGGAAAAAGAACUGCAUCCUGAUGUGGAACAGAUGCUGGCGGAGUUCAGGCUUCAUGAAGAAGACUUGCAGGUCCUAAUGGGCAGGCUGCAGGUAGAGAUGGAGCGAGGCCUUCAUCUGGAGACCAAUGAAGAAGCUAGUGUGAAAAUGCUGCCUACCUAUGUACGAUCUACACCUGAUGGCUCCGAGGUUGGUGAUUUUCUGGCCUUGGAUCUUGGCGGCACAAAUUUCCGUGUAAUGCUGGUGAAAGUCGGAGAGGAUCUGGAUGGACAGUGGAAAGUAGACACAAAGCACAAAAUGUAUUCAAUUCCCGAGGAUGCCAUGACAGGAACUGCAGAAAUGCUGUUUGAUUACAUUGCUGAAUGUAUCUCGGAUUACCUGGACCAGCAGAAUAUGAAGCAUAAGAAGCUCCCACUGGGCUUUACCUUCUCCUUUCCUGUCAGACAUGAAGAUAUUGACAAGGGCAUCCUCCUGAACUGGACCAAAGGCUUUACAGCAUCGGGAGCAGAGGGAAACAAUGUGGUUGGAUUGCUAAGGGAAGCCAUCAAGAGAAGAGGGGAUUUUGAGAUGGAUGUUGUUGCCAUGGUGAAUGAUACUGUUGCUACUAUGAUCUCUUGUUACUAUGAAGAUCAUCGCUGUGAAGUUGGCUUAAUAGUGGGCACCGGGUGCAAUGCCUGCUACAUGGAAGAGAUGUGCAAUGUGGAACUGGUGGAAGGAGAAGAGGGGCUCAUGUGUGUCAACACGGAAUGGGGAGCAUUUGGGGACACAGGGGAACUGGAAGAUUUUCGACUGGAAUAUGACCGAGUGAUAGAUGAAGGCUCACUAAAUCCUGGUCAGCAACUCUAUGAGAAGAUGAUUGGUGGAAAGUACAUGGGAGAGCUGGUCAGGUUGGUCCUGAUGAAAAUGGUGAAUGAAAAUCUAGUGUUUGGUGGCGAAGCCUCUGAAAAACUAAAGACAAAGGGAAGUUUUGAAACACAGUUUGUGUCUCAAGUAGAAGGGGAUUCUUCAGACUUUAAACAGACUUGCAACAUCCUGCGGACACUGGGCAUGCAGCCCACAUUGGCAGAUUGUCAGGCUGUGCGCAUGGCCUGUGAGAGUGUAUCCACACGAGCUGCUGGUAUGUGUGGUGCAGGUCUGGCUGGUGUUCUCAAUCGAAUGCAUAAGCACAGAGGAGACGACAUUCUGAAGAUCACAGUGGGAGUGGAUGGAUCCGUUUACAAGCUCCACCCUGCUUUUAAAGACAAGUUUCAUGCUACAGUUCACAAAUUGACCCCUUCUUGUGAGAUUGUCUUCAUCCAAUCAGAGGAAGGCAGUGGUAGAGGAGCUGCUCUGAUAUCUGCAGUGGCCUACAAAAUGGCUUGUCUUAUCGGACAUUAGCCAUUGCACCACCCUCUCUCCCUGGACGCCUGUUUCCAUACGACCUCCCAAGAUCUACUGAGUCUCUGCAAACCUGCUUAGCAGAGGCAAAACUAUUAAAGGCUUCAGCCAAGAGUUUCAUAAAUAUGAAGGAUGGCUACUGAACUGCUACAGAACAGAGUUUUGUUCCCAGAGUAAGUGCCACCUGAUACAGGUGUAGAACAAUGUUGUAUCAUUAAGCCCUACCAGAAUGAUAAAGCCACAUCUGAAGUGACUAACAUAUACCAAUCAACACUCAGAUAUGGCCUACUAGACUUUGUUGUUGAAUUUACAGUGUUUUUAGAAGGAAUUUCUUUCAAAAUUCUGAAGCACCCUACAAUGGCCAUCUGGACAGACUCACAUAAGUAAUGGUCCUUUACCUCAAGAAAAGUGGACAACAUGAAUCUUUACACUUACAGUUUUAAAGCAAACAUGGACAAAAUACUACACGUGGUAAUGUUUUAAAGAAAAUAAUAUUAGUAUGUUGACUGAAUUUCGAUGGUAGGAAUGACUGACUUCUUUAAAGUAGUAUCCCUCCUGUGGAUAUUCUCAGGUUACAGUUGUCUAUCCUCAUGUACCACUCUGACAGAACACAACAGAAUAACCAGUUUACAGACAAUGAAGGUCUGAUGGACAUUAAAGAAGGCUGGACAAGAAAUUAUGUCAUGCAUCCACUUCUAUGCAUUAUUACAGCUUUAGACCCCUUUCACACUGAGGAGUUUUUCAGGCGGUACAGCGCUAAAAAU